GAUAGCUUAUCCCGGUUGUAUCUGUUCCUGUCCGUGAGUUUUCGGUAUCCCUAUCUUCCUACAGUGGUAUUAUUGUAUUUCCAAAAUAGCCGGGCAAAAGAAAGAUUUUUACGUUAUAACGAUUUUCACGAGAAUUUUAGAAAGGCCAUCUGUAAAAGCAUAUUGUGUUCAUACCGGCGCUGUUUACAUUAUUAAAGUCGGAGUAUCGGCACCGUAUUGUCUGGAGUAACGUAACGUGCGCAAUCGCAAACGCACAAAAUCAGUCGUGGCAAGUCCUUCGAGAGUGACUGUAAUGGAUUUGGAAAACUCAGAGGCUCGAUCUGUUCCAUUCCAAAACAUCACUGGCAGAACGUCAGAAUCACGUGUAGACGUUUUGAAAGACACGUCGAAUGUCAACAGACAGGAUUUACAUCUCGGAUGUUGCCGGCGCUUGGAGAGACGUCACAGAAGUGAGAAUCACUCCAAAAACAAUGGUGAAAAUAUAAUAUUGUCUCUUCGAAGAAGAGUUUCUGAUGACAAUGGAAGUCGACUUAUUAUGAUGCUAAUCAACGUCUGGUGGACGGUGAUUGCACUGAUUCUGCCUCUGUGCUCUGUCAACAGUGAACCAACCUGCCUUGAAAAUAAUGUCAAUGUAGCUCCUACUAAAGUUUUCUAUGUUGGAAGGGAUCUUAAUAUUACUAUAGAAGUAAGCAACAGGGUUACACAUAAAUUAGUAUCACAAAUUUUGAUCAUCUUAUUAAAAGAAGUUCUAGGAUAUGCAGAUGUUCGUUUGGUUUCCACUGAAGGAGGGAAUUCUAUCUCAACUUUACAACAGAUAUCUGGUUGUAAAAUCCCAGAAAAAUGUCCAGAGAAAUCAAAAAACUUUGUACCAAAUAUUAUGAUAAAUGUUGAAGUAUGGCUGGGACCAGGAAAUAGCACUGAAAAAUGGGUUCAAACAGGAAAUGUAGCAGACUGUGGUCCUUUGGGACCAAUUGGAAGGACUGGUUGGUACCUAUCAUUGUCUUUUGUACAUAAAUUAUGGCAAGAAAAUAAUACUAUUCUUGACCAUUGGAGAGCUUUCCAGAAGGAGGAAAUUUCAUCACUGUUUGAUAUUUCUGAAAAAGAACUCAAGCGUUAUGCAUUUUAUAAUAACAAAAAAUACUAUUGCCAAUUUCCAGAAUGCGAAAAUAGUUAUUAUAAACCACCUCAAUGCAGAAGACCAAAUGUAAUUUGUGCUACACUGCUUUCUGAUUAUUCAGGUAAUGCACAUUGUUUUAAUUAAUAAAAAUUAUUAUUCACAAAAAUAUACUUAACAAAUCAAAAUCUUAGUAUAAUUGAAACUAAAGUAAAUUUUAUAUUUAAGUGAUACAAAGCAUAAACUUGCUUUUUAAAAAAUAAUAUAUAUAUGUACAAAUUAUAUAAAUAAAAAAUGCUAAAGAUGGCAUAAAUUAAAUAUGGUAUCUCAAGUUAAUGUUGAAAGCCUAAAAAUCAAUCUAUGCAUCAACAAAUAAAAUUUUUUUUUGUUGAUGUAUGUGUUGUUAUACAGUAAUUAAACU